GUAGAGUGCAGAAAAUAUUGAUGGUGGCCACAUGCCUGUUAAAGCAGUAGCAUUGUAGUUGUAAAUUUGAUUAUUGGAAAGUAAUAACAGGCACUAAAGGCUGCAGAAUGAAGGAGACACCGCUGUCUAACUGUGAGCGGGAUUUUCUGCUCAAAGCCAUCGAAGAGAAAAAGCGCCUGGAUGGACGACAGACUUAUGACUACAGAAAGAUGAAGAUCACAUUCGGGACUGACUAUGGAUGCUGCUUUGUCGAUUUGGGGAAAACCAGGGUCAUGGCCCAGGUGUCGUGUGAGCUGGUGGUUCCAAAAGAAAGUCGACCCAACGAGGGAAUCAUGUUCUUCAACAUCGAGCUGUCACCUAUGGCUUCACCAGCAUUUGAACAGGGCAGACAGUCUGAGCUCUCAGUGAAGCUAAACCGACAGCUGGAGAGAUGCUUGAGGAACUCCAAAUGCAUCGAUACUGAGUCCCUGUGUGUGGUGUCUGGAGAAAAGGUGUGGCAGAUCAGAGUCGACGUUCACAUGCUGAAUCAUGAUGGGAACCUGAUGGAUGCUGCCAGCAUUGCCGCCAUCACGGCUCUGUGCCACUUCAGACGGCCUGAUGUUGGCAUCCAGGGAGAUGAAGUCACAGUGUACAGUCCAGAGGAGAGAGACCCCAUCCCUCUGAGUAUCUACCACAUGCCUAUCAGUGUCAGCUUCUCCUUCUUCCAACAAGGAACAUAUCUGCUGGUGGACCCCUGUGAGCGGGAGGAGCGGGUGAUGGAUGGCUUGCUGAUGAUCGCCAUGAACAAACACAGAGAGAUCUGCUCCAUCCAGUCCAGUGGAGGCAUCAUGUUGCUUAAAGAGCAGGUUAUGAGAUGCAGUAAAAUAGCCAGCGUCAAAGUGUCUGAAAUCACAGAACUCAUCAGUAAAGCCCUGGAGAACGACAAGAAAGCGAGGAAGGCAGGUGAAAGGUGUGGUUUUGCUGAGUCUAUGCCUCAGGAGCGAAUCACAGCGCUGAAAACGUACGAGACUCCAGUGGAGAUGACUGAUGUGUCAGAUAGAGCCAAUGACAUUGUCCAGAAAGCUGAAGCCCCGCCUCAAAUGGUGCCUUCCCCUGUAGUGCCUGUCCCUGGGGUUGGUCAGGUAGGGCAGGGGCUGCAGAACACUUGGGGACUGGAGGAGGGUGAUGAAGAGGAAGAGGAGGAAAAUGACAGCAGUGAUGAAGAUCAGGAAGAACAAGUGACGGAGAUGAAAGAGAAACAACAUGAAAAGAUGGAGAUCAGAGGAGGAGAUGUGGUUGAGAUUUCUGACAGUGAAGAAGAAGAAGUGGUCAUACUUCAUCCAGAGAUUCCAGACAAAGCUCCUAUUACAAAAUCGAGUUCCCACCAGAAGGGGGCAGCAGCAUUAAAGAAAAGACAGAAGAAAUGAAAGGAGGUGCUUCUCAAACUCAUCGUUGUCUGAGACCUUCCUGCAGACCCACAACAGUGCCAGAGACUGCAGCACCUCUUCAUAUCAAAGACUCCUGUCCGGGCUACCAAGAUUAAAACCUACAAUAGACAAGAAUUGUUUUUAGAUGUUACAGUACAGAGAUGCAAGAACAUCAAGUUUACCUUUUUUUUUUUUUUUUAAAUAAUAAUAAUUUUGAUUAAUUCAAAUGCUGACUUGUGAUUCAAAAUGUAUCAAUUGUUAUUGUUUUAACAAUUGCAUAAAUUUAUGAAUUUGUGAUACUUAAGAUAUUCUCUAUACAACCUAUAUGUACCUUUUACGUUUGAGUUUGCAACGUUGUACAUUUUUGUAAAAAGAAACCUGGUCUGAGCUUCUGAUUGUGAAACAAAAUUAAAUAAUAAAUAGUCUUUUUCUAAGCUUU